UCGGUUCGCUCUGUCUUAUACACGAAGCCCACCGUCCCGACCGGUGGCUGUAGCCAGCAAACCGAGCUCCAGAUCGGUCAUCUUCGUUCCUCCUCUCCUAUCCAACCCAAUUUUUUCAAAAAAACUUUUCCUUUUUGUUUAAUCGACAAAAUCUCACCAGUGCUUCCCAGUUGUGUUUGUGCAUCUCAAAUCAAUCGACCGCUUCCUUUCAAAUUUGCAAAGCCAACGUCGAAGAUUCAGCCGCAGGGCACUGUUGCUUAGCCGACGAAGAAGACGCAGCUGUCAAGAUCCAGGCCUUCUACAGGGGCUACCAGACACGUCGUGAUUUGGCAGACAAAAAGGAGAAGGAACUUUACGGUCCGGGUGGUAAACCGGGCAAAAAGAAGAAGGGAACUUAUCCGAAACCUCAGGCGCCGACAGCACCACCACCACCACCUCAACAGCAACCGGCAGCAGCAGCGGAUUUGCAACAACAACAACCAACUACUUUGACGUAAAAACAAGCCUUCCGCCAAUCAAUAAAAAUGGAUUUGGACACAAUGGAUCCCGCUGAACUCGAGCAAGAUUUGGACUUGAUGAACGCCGCCACCAAGAUCCAGGCCUCCUUCCGUGGUCAUAUGGCCAGAAAACAGGCGGAGAAGAGCAAGACCGACGGCGAGAUUACUAAGGAGAUGGAGAAGCUUCAAUCCAAGAGCCCAUUGCCGAACGAGGAGGAGCUGGACGUGGACUUGAGCGACCCGGGGCUGAAUCACGCCGCCGUUAAAAUACAAGCCUCUUUCCGUGGCCAUAUGACACGGAAGACUCUCGUCAAAGAUUAAUUUAAAGCCCAAAAUAAAACAACAAAAAAGUUACAAUUACGAAAUGGGACAGCAGAAAUAAAAAAAAAAAGGAAAUUUAAUUAAAAAUGAAAAGGAAACUUUUAAAAAUAUCCGGCAUUGACAUAACAGAAAGACCAUACACUUGAAUUUAAAUAAUAAAACAAAACACAGACGAUCUUUUUGAUGCUAUUUUGGAAGGGGAAACAAAAACUAAACUAAUUCAACACGGAAAAACCCACCUCACUUGAAAACAUUUCACUUGUGUCACUACAAAUUUAAGUCAUCGAGUUCCUUUUCAACUAAAAAAAAAACAAAACAAAAUCACUUUUGUUUUUCGUUUGAAUUCUCUCGUGUUAAUUAUUCUCUCUAUCUCUUUCAUUCUCUUUCCUAUCAAUUAAAUAAUAAUACCUGUAGUCUCUUAAAUCUCAUUACGUUGAUUCGUAUCCGCUGCCUAGGGGGACGGCAUAACCACCAAAUUUGUUGAAUCCAUUUUUGUUUUGUUUUUCUUUCUUUAUGAUCGAUCGCAAGGUUUUUGUCUAUCUCGUUCAACAAUAAUCAUCCUGAUGGCCCAAUCCCGAAAAAAAUAAUAAAGAACGUGCGAUCCACCCAUCAUUCUGUAAGCCUCUUUUCUCCUGUUAGAUCUCUCUUUACACAAUUAUACUGGCGAACCCUUUCAAACAUCACGUUCUUAUGUCAUACCAAAUUUUGUUUUUCCUUGAAAUAACUCCCAUGAAAAAAAAAAGAGAUUUGCAUACACAGACACAAUCCUCUUCAUCCGUUUGGCUGGCCCAAGUCACAUUUUAUUUGAUGCUGGGCCGAUUUUAUAUUUCUAUCGAUCGAUAAUUUUGUUUUUUUUUUCGAAUUAAAUACAUAGAAAAAAAGGGAAAAAAGAUGGGACGUGAAGAAUUUAAAGCAAUUUCGCUUUGCCGAGUUCCUGACUGGCAUUUAUAGGACAGAAAUUUGGGAUGCAAACAUUUAAUUUUGGGUUUAUUUAAUAAAAAUAAAAGCGGAGAUGGGUGUCACAAUUGCGAAAGAAAAUCGGGACCCUUGUAUAAUUUCCCCAUCAAUUUGUUUCCAGUAGUAGUCAAUCAACACCGCCGAUCUGUUAAUUACGAACACAACUGGGCGAAUCGAUUUCUGGAUUUUCAGUUGACAAUGACAAUAUUCUCGUCCUUUUCCUUAUUCCUUCAUUCUCUUUUGUGUUUUCAUCAAAUCUCGUCAUGUAUACUGUAUACACACCUAAUACAACCUCUCUCUCUUUCUCUC